GGCUUGCCAAGCGGUGCCAUGUCCGUACCCGGCAUCUGAACCGGCGAACCCCAGACCCCUGAAGCAGAAGUGCACACUUAACCACUGUGCCACUGGGCCAGCCCCUGGAAUAUUGUUUUUGAGAGAGUAAUCAAAGUACCAAAAACCCAUAGAAAUUGUUCAGAGAGAACCAGGCUUCCUUUCCUCUUUCCUUCCUGAAGGGAUUUAUGAUUUAAUGCAUAUAUGGACAUCCACAUAAGUGUUUACAUUCUUUCUUUUUGAAGAUUUUAUUUUUCCUUUUUUCUCCCCACAGCGCCCUGGUACAUAGUUGUAUACUUUUUAGUUGUGGGUCCCUCUAGUUGUGGCAUGUGGGACGUCGCCUCACGAUGGCUUGAUGAGCAGUGCCAUGUCCACGCUCAGGAUCUGAACCAGCGAAACCCUAGGCCCUGAAGUGGAGCGCACGAACUUAACCACUACAUUUUUUCAAUGUAAAUAGGAAUAGAUUGUAUAGAUUUACAUGGAAAGUCACCAAGCAAAUCCUCCCCCAAUAAGGUUGACAGAGUGGGAGCAUCCUGGCCAGUGCUCAAGGCUCUGUGUGUCUUGCUUCUGAGCCUAGCAGGCCAAGUAAGGGGAAGAGAUAGGGUUAAGACAACUCUUCUCAUCUCUCCUUUGGGUUUUUACCACAGCAUCUGCUGACUGAUGAGAGCAGGUACCAAAUCUAUCUCAUUCAUGUGUGGUUCCUCUGAGAUUUGCAUAGUGCCUACCUGGCUCAUGGUAGAUGUUGAACACAUAUUUAUUAACCCCUUUUAAAAAAAUAAUAGUAUUCUUUUCUUAUUUGCUUGUGUGUGAACCUUGAAUUGCCUAUCGAACUAGGCCCAGCACACCGCCUAGCACAUACUACUAAAUGUUUCUGAAUAGAAUUGAAUGAUAGUGGGAAAUGUAAAGCAGAGAGAAGGAUAAGAUGAACUCUACCCUGUCGGUUGGAAUGAAGGGAACACACCAAGAGACUGAAAGUGGGAGAGGGGCGUGGCAUCCACAGCAGAGAAAGAGAUGAUCUGCUUCCUCUCUUCCUCCAUCCUGUGUCCAGAAAGUUGAGAAAGAGGUGAGGUGAGGUCAGUAGUUACCAGAGAGGAAAUAACUGGCCUUGGCUGAGAGAUUUUGAUCAGAAGCAAUGCAGCAGGUGUUUUGAUAGUCGGACAAUGGCGUUGAUAUUGCUCCUCUUCGCAGUCCAAGAUAGGCAGAAGGGAGGGACUAUUUUCAGUCAAGAAAAAUGCUUAUCACUUCCUCAGAACAUUUUGACUUUCAAGAAAGACUGAGAUCAAGCCUCAGAGAGAAGGGCAACUCUGGAUGGUGAUGGUCAUUCUACUUCCUCCAUGUGGGAUACCGCCACAGCAUGGCUUGAUGAGCGGUGUUGCACAAUCCAGAAUGAAUAUCUUCUUUGUAGCCAUCCUUGCUGUGCCACUUAUCCUAGGACAAGAAUAUGAGGAUGAAGAAGUACUGGAAGAGGAUGAUUAUUAUCAGGUGGUCUAUUAUUACACAGUCACCCCCAAUUAUGAUUUAGUGCUACCUUUUUCCUUGUUACCACUGAUUUUUUCCUCCUCCCCAGAUGACUUUGGUGUAAAUUUCACUGUUGAUUACUCCCUGUUUGAGUCAGAGGACAGGCUGAACAGGUUGGAUAAGGAGGUAAUGGAACCAGCAGAGACUACCAUUAGUCCUGAAACAGAACAUGCAGACCAUCAGAAGCCUGUAACGGUGAAACCAGUGACAAUGGAACCACAGAGUCCAGAUCUGACUGAUGCUGCAUCCAGUCUGCAGAGUCCUGUUCCCCUCCUCCUGUCCUGGGCCCUCGUUCAGGGCGGGAUGUAUUUCACGUAGAAGGAGAGAGAAGGCUGCUACGACUCUUUGGAUGGGGAUUUGGGAAGAUGAAAUUGGAAGAUAAAAUAAAUGAAAUAAUCUGGU